CGUUUCCGGUUCACAAUAAAGGGAAUUAACCCACGACUAUGGUUUGAAGUGAAAACAUAAGUAAGAUAUUCCCCCUCUCGUUCACUUGAUUUGGCUCAGACUGGGUAAAAAUGCCAGCUAAACAAAGAAGAGUAGCUCUGAUGGGCUUUAGGUCGGUUGGAAAAUCAUCGGUUACAAUCCAGUUUGUAGAAAAUCAUUUUGUGGACUCAUAUGACCCAACAAUUGAAAACACUUUCCAGAAGACUCUUAAAAUCCGUGGACAAGAGUACUCUUUACAGGUGAUAGACACAGCUGGUCAGGAUGAGUAUUCCGUUCUGCCACAGUCCUAUUUUGUGAAUAUAGAUGGAUAUGUUUUAGUUUAUUCUGUCAAUUCUAAAAAGAGCUUUGAAGUGGUUAAGUUUGUUUAUGACAAACUCCUGGAUAUGAAAGGAACCAUCAACGGGGUACCAGUCGUUUUAGUGGGAAACAAGUGUGACUUGGCCACUGAAAGGUACUGUGACAAUAUACAGGAAAACGAGUGUGACUUGCCCACUAAAAGGGAGGUGACUUAUGAGGAAGGGAAAAGGUUGGCAGACAGCUGGAAGGUGUCAUUUAUGGAAACUAGUGCAAAGGAGCAUCACAGUGUGACAGAAGUCUUCACACAGAUUAUCCUAGCCAUUGAGAGGGCGGAGGGAAAUAACCCAGACCAGAAUAAAUCCUGUAUAUUAUCUUGAUGAUAAUGAUUUGUUGACUUGUUCACAUCUAAUCUGAGUUUUGUAGGAUGUGAAUUUCAAUAAUUACAUGUAUUAUACAUACAAUCUACAGAUGUUUUUUGCUAUGUGAAUGCAUGACAACAUCUCGGGUGAAAAAUGACUUGAAUUUUAUGAACAUGAUGAAUUUUCUUCUAUGAAUUGGGAAAGAUGUGGAGUUAUUAAGUUGCCAGAUUAUUUAGAGUGCCGUGGGUGUGUGAAGGAAGGCAUGUUCUGGACAGAUAUAUCAUGAUUCAACACUGUAAUGUUUAUAUGUAUAAAUAUUGAAUCAUGAAUAUGUACUUAUACUGAUUAUGUAUUUUGAUGUGCACAAUCUUGGAUUUGACCAGCAGUUAACUAAAGGUCAAUGAUAAGGAAUGUUAUAAUGUUUAUUUUUCUCUUCAGAAUGUUGUGUGAUGGAUCAUUGUGGUUGAAUGUUAUUCAGGAAUUUACAUAAUGAUUCUUUUGUCAUCAUAUGGCAGUUUUAUUUUCACUUCACUGUAAAGAAGCACAAGUUAUAUUAAAAAUUUAAUCAAAUGUGAAUCUAUUAUUUACUUUUUCAUGCAAUAAAAUUAUGAAUGUUAAA